UUAAAAUUGUUGCUAAAAUCUUCAUUGAAUCCAGCAAAAAAUACCAGAUUAUUUUGGAUCAUUAUUAUAAAACAACUGUGGAUAAAGUUCCGUUUUCCACACCCCAGAAGGCAGCCGAUAUGAUUAAUCAAUGGGUGUCAGAUAACACCCAAGGUCGAAUCCAGGAACUCGUCAGCGCUGAUGGCGUCGAUGGAGCUGUGAUCACUCUGAUCAAUGCUAUCUAUUUCAAGGGUCUUUGGACUUACCCAUUCCCAGAGAACGGACCACAACGAAAGUUCUAUGGUUCGCAGAAACAAAUUGAUACCCUCUAUAUGGAGCAAAGCGGCCAAUUCUACUACGAAAAUUCUAGUACUCUCAACGCACAACUUUUGCGGUUACCUUUUCGAGGAGGAAAAUUCGCGAUGUAUUUUAUGCUUCCUCACCAGGGCGGUUCCAUCAACGAUCUUCUUAGCCGCAUAAAUUCUAAUGCCACCACUUUGCAUCAGGCUCUUCGGUACAUGGAUGAGACUGAGAUGAAUGUUAUCAUUCCCAAAUUCAAGUUCGGUUUCUCCGAAGAACUAAGUCAGCCUCUGAAAGAUAUUGGAAUCCGUGAGGUGUUUUUACAGCGUGCUUCACUGCCAUUGUUUGCACGCUCAACGAGCAAUACGGUUCGCGUUUCACGAGUAUUUCAGAAGGUCGAAAUUAUCAUUAAUGAAUUGGGAAGCGAAGCGUAUACCACAACAAAAAUGCAACUGGAAACCGAAUCCGAUGGUGACGAAACUCAUAAUUUCAACGCAAAUCGGCCGUUUCUUUUCUUUAUGGAAAAUGAACAGAACGGCACGCUCCUUUUUGCUGGAAAAGUAGAAAUACCAACUCUACGAAAGGCACAAAAUUGGGAAAACCCCAAUCGUCGCAAUCGUUCUCGGCUUCGAGCUGCGUUUAGUUUCCACCGAAUACCGACUGCGGUAAGACUCAGCCGACGUCCGAAGAAGAUGAACGUGCCUGUUGUGAUAUUUUGCUGUAUUCUGUCAGCAACGCCAAUGUUUGUCACUGAACGCUUCACGGGUAAAAGACAUGUUGAUUUCGAUUGGAGACUCACAAAGCGAUUUUUCGAAGAUCUAAAAUCGAAUGCAGUAAUUUCACCAUUCUCGGUGAAAAUUUUGUUGACAUUGCUAUAUGAAGCCACUGGAGAGGUAACUGGUGUUUUCGAUACAGCGACUGCAAGGGAACUGCGAAAGAUUCAUAAUCCUAGCGGAGAUCUCAAAGUGAUCCGAACUCUGUACCGUUCGCUAUUGAAUUCGGCUCUGGGAGACAAUCCAGAUUUUGAUUUUAAAAUUGCUACCAAAAUCUUCGUGGAUGAAUUCAUCAAUGUCGUCAAUAAAUACCAGGUUACUUCGGAUCAUUUUUAUAAUGUGACCGCGGACAAAGUUCCGUUCUCCAACCCAAAAAAGGCAGCCGAUAUCAUUAACCAGUGGGUGUCGGAUAACACCAGAGGUAGAAUUCAGGAACUUGUCAGCGCUGAUGGCGUCGACGGAGCUGUGAUCACUCUGAUCAAUGCUAUCUAUUUUAAGGGUCUUUGGACUUACCCAUUCCCAGAGAACGGCCCACGGCGAGAGUUCUACGGUUCAACUAAACAAAUCGAUACCGCCUAUAUGGAGCAAAACGGUCAGUUCUACUAUGACGAUUCCAGUACUCUCAACGCACAACUUUUGCGGUUACCUUAUCAGGGAGAAAAGUUCGCCAUGUAUUUUAUUCUGCCUCACCAAGACAGUUCAAUCAACGAUGUUCUUAGUCGCAUUAAUUCAACCAGUUUGCAUCAGGCUAUCUGGUACAUGGAUGAGACUGAGGUGAAUGUUACCAUUCCCAAGUUCAAGUUCGAAUUCUCCGGAGAACUAAGUCAGCCGCUACAAGAUAUUGGAAUCCGGGAGAUUUUUUCACAGCGUGCUUCACUGCCCCUGCUUGCGCGUGGAAGAGGUACAAUGGACCAAAUUCGUGUUUCGCGCGUGUUUCAAAAGGCCGGCAUUGUCGUCAACGAACUGGGAAGCAAAGCUUAUGCUGAAACCGAAAUGCACCUGGUAAACGAAUUCGGCGAUAAUAGAACUCAAAUUUUCAACGCAAAUCGGCCGUUUCUAUUCUUUAUUGAGGAUGAAGACUUCGGCACGCUUCUUUUUGCAGGAAAAGUAGAAUUACCCACCCUAUAGAAAUGAAAACUUACCCCUCCGAUUAGACAGUGAAUCUGUGAGAUAAUUGCGGACGACUUCGUGGGAACUUUUUUCUGGAUCAAAUUGAGUGAUAUAACUUUUAUUAAUAAAAACCUAAUGUGAUUUAGCCUGA